ACUCGCUAGAGGGAGCGCGAGCGAUUAUUAAUCCGGUACGUCUUGAUGACGUCAUUCUCAUCUGCGACUUAAGCGCGGCGCUCGAAACCAUUCAGGAUGUAAACAUGAUGUUUUGAGCGUGUUAGACGACAUAAAGGAAGGUGAGCAUGGAUGUGAGCCAUUCAAUUCGUGAGCGCACCAUCGCCGAGAACAGUCUGGUGAUUCUCCUGCAGGGUCUGCAUGGCCAGGUGACCACCGUCGACCUGCGAGAUGAGAGCACGGCAAGGGGACGCGUUAUUAACGUGGAUGCGUUCAUGAACAUCCGCUUGGAGAAGGUUGUGUACAGGGACAGACGUGGACGCGUGUCCAGUAUGGACGACUUGUUCAUCACAGGCCGUAAUGUGCGUUACGUGCACAUCCCAGACCACAUGAACAUUAUAGAGACAAUAGAGACGCAGCUCGCCAAAAUACACCGCGUGCGAAACUUUGGAGCAAGCGGUGGACGCAAAGAAUACUCCAAGAAAAAAUAGUUUUUAUGAGCAGAUAAUGUCUUGCAAAUAUAUGGUUUUGUAAUGCACACUAUCAUUUUCCAUUAAAAUAAUGCAAUGAUGGAUCUCUUAAUCACAAUAAUUAUGUUUAUAUGCAAAUAUUAGUGCUUUGUGCAAUUCAAAACACUGUUUACAGUGAUAUGAUGUUCUGUUAAUGUUUUUUAUUGCAAAAGUUUCAUAAGAUCAGGAUUGGUGAUAAUUUCAGAUGACCAUAUAAAUAAAUAACAGAACAUUACCGAUUGCCCAUGCAAAAAUAAAGUGUACUUGAAUGCAAUUGCAAAAGUACACUAAAUACCACUGAUAUUUAAAUAGAUUUUUAGUACAUUGAAAUAAAGUGUAAUACUG